AUGGCAAUAGAGAGAGUCAAAGAGAGAGUCAAAGAGAGAGCCAAAGAGAGAGUCAAAGAGAGAGUCAAAGAGAGAGUCAAAGAGAGAGUCAAAGAGAGAGCCAAAGAGAGAGCCAAAGAGAGAGCCAAAGAGAGCGUCAAAGAGAGAGUCAAAGAGAGAGUCAAAGAGAGAGUCAAAGAGAGAGCCAAAGAGAGAGCCAAAGAGAGAGCCAAAGAGAGCGUCAAAGAGAGCGUCAAAGAGAGAGCCAAAGAGAGAGCCAAAGAGAGAGCCAAAGAGAGAAUCAAAGAGAGAGUCAAAGAGAGAGUCAAAGAGAGCGUCAAAGAGAGAGUCAAAGAGAGAGUCAAAGAGAGCGUCAAAGAGAGAGUCAAAGAGAGAGUCAAAGAGAGAGCCAAAGAGAGCGUCAAAGAAAGAGUCAAAGAGAGAGCCAAAGAGAGAGCCAAAGAGAGAGCCAAAGAGAGAGUCAAAGAGAGAGUCAAAGAGAGAGUCAAAGAGAGAGUCAAAGAGAGAGCCAAAGAGAGCGUCAAAGAGAGAGUCAAAGAGAGAGUUCGCAGUAGAUGUUGUUACAGAAUGAGAAUCAUAGAAAUUUGCGCUUUCUCCAGUAAUUCUAAGACUUAGGUUGCUGUACUAAGCGUCUAAAGACAAAACAUCUUGCUGUGAAAAAAUAAAACGCACAACAUAUUUUUCAAAAAAGGACACUUUUUCUAAUCAAGAGGGGGUCUAUGCCCCCGUGGCCCCCUGCUCUGGCGCCCCUGAUUAUUGAUAUCUUAACUUUCUUCGGUGGUCUCUUCGUCAAUGUCUCGUUUGCUAAGCUUACUUAAUUUAUCGCUGAAUGUGUUAUCAAUCGGUGUUAUCAAUCGUGGACUAAAAUGGUGUUUCUUUCUAUUUUAUCUCGAUUCAUCUCCAAAGCGGCUUAUUGAAACGCAAAAAUCGAUAUUUCAGGGAGGAGGGCAUAUUCGAAGGUGAGACUUAAUGGAAGAGAAAUCUUUGUAUAAAUCUGUUCUAAAGUCGUUAAAACCAAUGCAUUCAAAUGUUGAUGUUACCUCAAUCUUCGUUAUAUAGAAGUUUAUUUUUACAUUUUUAUAGAAAGUUGAUUCAUACAAAAAGACUCGAAUAUAGGUGUAAGGGCUAAGUACCAUCACCUACUCGCCUUAGGGUUUCAAAGGAAUUUAUUUUUGCAAGGAGUGAUUUUUGUGGAAUUCUAUUCGCAAAUUUCGUAGGCAUUGAUAUUUGAAAUUCGUAUACUUCACGUAAAAUUAUUUAGGAAAACUCCCGCUUUUAAAUAUUUUUAGGUUGGAACGUCUGGCAAUCCCACAUAAGAUGAUAAUUCGAAAUUCAAAGUUUGCUAAAGAUGCAUUUUACAACAAUAAAACGGCCAAGUGAGAACCGAUUUUUCUGUUAUUGUGCCGUUAAAAUUACUUACUCCUAAUUGCCCAGCUCAAACUUGAUAAUCUUAUUCUGAAAACUGGCGUAGGGUCCCUAUACC